AUGGUCAAACACCAUGACUUCAAACGCUGUGAGCAGUCUGGCUUCUGCACGAGGAACAGAGCCCUUGCAGAUUCCGUAUCUACAAAAGGAGGUCCUGAAUCCUCUCCAUACCGGCUGGAUGCCACGUCGGUGAAGUUCAAGAACGGACAACUGGAUGCGUUCAUAACAAAAACACUCGCCGACAACGACGCAGUCAAGCUGCCCUUGACUAUAUCAUUCCUCGAGCGGGGCAAUGUGCGAGUAACUAUUGACGAGGAAAAGAGGCGGAAGGGUGAGAUUGAACUCCGGCAUGGCAGUGUCGCUCGGAAAGAAAGGUACAACGAAGCUGGGGUAUGGGCGUUGACUGGAGCGGGCCUCCAAUCUCAGAAGACAGCCACGUUCAAAAGGGUCUCCGACAAUAUCGUUGAAGUAUCAUGGGGUCCCGAUAACGGGUUUAAAGCUAUCAUUCAGCACGCUCCAUUCAGAAUCGAGUUUUGGUCUGGGGAUGAGAAGCAGGUUGUCUUCAACGGCCAGGGCUUCAUGAACAUCGAACACUGGCGCCCCAAGAUCGAUAAACCGGUGGCAGCAGAUGAAAACAACACCGAGGUGGACUCAGCUGAGCCAGCUGAAGAUCAAAGCACCUGGUGGGAAGAGAACUUUGGUGGAAAUACCGACUCGAAACCCAGGGGCCCAGAGAGCGUAGCAAUGGAUAUUACCUUUGCUGGCUACGGCCACGUUUAUGGCCUUGCAGAACACACGGGGCCAUUGUCGCUCAAAGAAACCCGUGGCGGAGAUGGAAACUUUGACCAGCCAUACCGGAUGUACAACAGCGAUAUCUUCGAGUAUGAGCUCGAUAGUCCCAUGACCCUGUAUGGAUCGAUCCCUUUCAUGCAGGCUCACAGAAAAGGGUCGACGGUUGGCGUCUUUUGGCUCAAUGCUGCUGAAACCUGGGUAGACAUUGUCAAGACGAAGCAUGGCGCCAACCCGUUGACGCUCGGUCUGAGUGGCGGUGUCGUCGAUACACACACUCAUUGGAUGUCAGAGAGCGGGCUCCUUGACGUCUUUGUGAUGUUGGGCCCAACACCCAAAGAUGUGGCCAAGUCAUAUGGCGAAUUAACAGGUUACACACAGCUACCGGCAACUUUCGCGAUCGCAUACCACCAAUGCCGAUGGAAUUAUGUGAGCGACGAAGAUGUCAAGGAUGUGGACCGCAAGUUUGACAAAUUCAACAUCCCCUACGACGUCAUCUGGCUGGACAUCGAAUACACCGACGACAAGCAAUACUUCACCUGGGACCCUCUAACAUUCCCCGAUCCCAUUUCGAUGGAGAAGCAGCUUGACGAAACGGAACGCAAGCUUGUGGUGAUUAUAGAUCCUCAUAUCAAGAACAAGGACGGAUAUGUGGUUGGCCAGGAACUCAAAAGCAAAGGUCUUGCCGUAAAGAAUAAGGAGAACAAUAUCUUCGAAGGAUGGUGUUGGCCGGGAAGCUCUUAUUGGAUCGAUACCUUGAACCCUGCUGCCCGAGCUUGGUGGAAGGGUCUUUUUUCAUUUGACAAGUUCAAGGGCACCAUGUCCAACGUCUGGCUGUGGAACGACAUGAACGAGCCCUCUGUUUUUAACGGUCCGGAGAUCACCAUGCCUCGGGACAACAUUCACCACGGCAACUGGGAACAGCGGGAUGUGCACAACCUGUAUGGAAUGACAUUCCAUAAUGCUACUUACCAAGGCCUUCUGGAGCGCAAGAAGGGUGAGGUGCGGCGGCCUUUCGUUCUUACCAGGUCAUUCUACGCAGGUUCGCAAAGGACCGCCGCGAUGUGGACCGGUGACAACCAGGCCAGUUGGAGCCACCUUGCGGCCUCUCUUCCAAUGGUCCUCAAUCAAGGUGUGAGUGGCUUUCCGUUCGGAGGGGCGGAUGUCGGUGGAUUUUUUGGAAACCCCAGCAAGGAACUACAGACCCGAUGGUAUCAAGCUGGGGCCUUCUACCCAUUCUUCCGGGGACAUGCACACAUCGAUACUCGCAGGCGCGAGCCCUAUAUGCUUGGAGAGCCAUAUACCACGAUCAUGACGAAAGCCUUGCGACUGAGGUAUGCCUUACUUCCAGCAUGGUAUACCGCUUUCCACGAAGCUUCCACGGACGGGUACCCCAUCAUCCGGUCACAGUACUUUAUGCACCCUGAAGACGAGAAGGGCUACGCGAUAGAUGAUCAGUUUUAUCUUGGUUCCACCGGCCUAUUGGUCAAGCCUGUCACCGCCGAGGGAGCCGAGAGUGUUGACAUUUAUCUGUCCGAUGAAGAGAAGUAUUUCGAUUAUUUCGACUACACUAUCUAUUCUGGCGGAUCGAAGACUCACAAGGUUGAUGCGCCGCUGGACAGAAUCCCCAUACUCAUGCAAGGCGGGCAUGUUAUCCCAAGGAAAGAUAGGCCACGAAAGAGUUCAGGACUGAUGAAAUGGGACCCGUACACUCUUGUUGUAGUACUCAACAAGAAGGGAGAGGCCGAGGGAACUCUCUACGUCGACGACGGGGAAACAUUUGACUACCAACAAGGAGCUUAUAUUCACCGGAGGUUUACCCUGUCAGAUGGAGUCUUGAAAAGUAUUGAUAUCGGCACCAAGGGCUCCAAGACCGCCAGUUAUCUCAAGUCUAUGACGGAUGUCAAGGUCGAGAAGGUCAUCGUCGUCAACGCGCCUAAUGAUUGGUCGGCAACCAACGAGGUCACGGUGGCAGAAGGAGACAAGGGAACCUCAACUGCCGACCUGACUUUCCACGCGGCGUCAGGCCACAAGGCUGCUUGGGCCGUGGUUCGAAGUCCGGGAGUUUGCAUUGGGAGUGCCUGGAGCAUUACUUUCCCCAGGAUCUCGAGUCAAAAGAUUGACUUGUAA